AAUGACAGGUCAAACGAUUAAAAUAUAUAUAUAUAUAAUAACAGUAAAUCUUUUAAACAUUAAUUUUGUAACGGUUGAAGAUUUAACUAAAUGUGCAUAUGUAGUAUUAAUUCUGUCAUUAUUCAAUCAGAAUUUGUGGUACACAAUGAACAUGAAACGACAGGAAGAAACUUUGGCGGGUUGGAGCAUUAUAUGGUGGUUGUUUAAAUUAUUCGGUAUUCCAAUAACCAUCCCUUGGCUGAUAUAUCACUUUAUCGACAUUGUGCAGCAAAAACGGAAAAGAGCAGCUCUUAGCAGCAAGGUGGUAAUGAUAACUGGUGCCAGUUCCGGUUUGGGAGAAGCUUUAGCUCAUACAUUCUACCGCUGGGGUUGUAGAAUCAUCUUGGUAUCUCGCAGAAAAGAAGAACUGGAGAGAGUAAAAAAUGAUUUGAUAAAUACCCAUCAAACAGUUCCAACUCAUCUACCCAUUGUUUUGCCAUUAGAUUUAACUGACAUUAAUAACUUGAAAGAUAAAGUGUCAGAGGCUAUAAUGGUAUAUGGCAGAAUCGAUAUUUUAAUAAAUAAUGCUGGCAUUUCAUAUAGAGGCGAAGUUAUUAAUACAAAUGUUGAUGUAGAUAUAAAAGUCAUGCUGUCAAAUUAUUUCUCUCAAGUUGCAUUGAGCAAAAUUGUUCUUCCAUUCAUGAUAGAACAACAGUCUGGCCAUAUAGUUGGUAUAAGUAGUGUACAAGGGAGAAUUGCUAUUCCAUUUAGAUCUGCGUAUGCUGCAUCUAAGCAUGCAUUACAAGCUUGGUAUGAUACCGCUAGAGCAGAAUUGUUUGACAAAAAUAUUAAGUUUACAGUUGUUAAUCCAGGGUACAUUAAAACAUCUCUUUCUCUUAAUGCUUUAACAGGAAAUGGACAAGUAUAUGGAUUAAUGGACAAAACAACUGAGAGUGGUUAUCAAUCAGAGUAUGUAGCUGAAUGCAUUUUAAAGUCAGUAUUGAAGCAAGAAAAAGAAGUUACUAUUGCACCAUUUUCCCCAAAGGCUGCUAUAGUACUUAGAACUUUAUUUCCUUCGCUCUUUUUCUGGAUUAUGCAAAGACGUGCAAAAAAAUCAGCAAAGAAUACAUAAUCUUAAACUAUUUAAAUACUAUUUAAUUAAAAAUAGAGUAUAAUUGAUUGUUUUCUAUAAUUGUGGGAUGGAUUUAUAUGUAAUAUAUAUCUUUUGUAUAAAAUAAAAAAUUAGAAUGUUA